AUGGCAACUGAAGUCGCUACAAACCCAGAAAUUCCUUACGUAGGAGCAGUUGAAAAUGGUUUAGUACCUGGAAAAAUGGUAAGAAUUCGGGGUAAAGUCCCUGAAAAUGCAGUACGGUUUGCUGUUAAUUAUCAAUUGGGACCAAUAUUAAAUCCAAGAGAUGAUAUAGCUAUUCAUAUAUCACCUCGAUUUUCUGAUGGUGUUAUUACAAGAAAUCAUAUUGAAUCCAUGACAUGGGGAGCAAAUGAAAAUGAAGGUCCUCUGUGCAUACAACCUGGUCAAGAAUUUGAAAUGAUUAUUUUAUGUGAUCAUUUGAAUUAUAAAAUUGCUAUAAAUGGCAGGCAUUUCGCAGAAUUUGCACAUCGGUUACCAUACCAGAAAGUUACGCAUCUAGUGAUCGAUGGUGAUGUUGAAAUAUCCAGCAUUAUCUAUGAAAAUGUACCGGUUGGAUCACCACAUUCUUCACCACCUCUAUCAUCUGGAUACAAAAUCAAUCCCAGGAGGAUAUGGUCCUCCACCUCCGGGUUAUGGUCCACCAUCUUCUUCAUAUGGCCCUUCGAAUGGAAAUAA